UCAAUACAAUUAUCCUCUGUAGCCUGUAGGAGAGCAGGCGUGAUGAAAAGCAAAAGGCAAGAGGCAAUCUAAUUGUAGUUGGAAGAAGAUUAUCUGAUGGGAGCCGUUUCUCAUUUCUUGGCACUCACUGCCAUUGUUACUAUCGCUUAUCAAUUGUUUUUCUUCAUAAUCACAGCGAUUCUCAAGUUCGAUAAACUCACUGACUUUGCAGGAACCACAAAUUUCAUCGUACUUUCAAUAUUAACCUUAGUUCUUAAGGGUUCUUGGCAUUUUCGACAGGUGAUUUUAUCUAUGCUAGUAGUAAUAUGGGGUCUUCGGCUGGGACUGUUUCUGUUAAUGAGGAUAUUGCAGUGGGGAGAGGACCGACGUUUUGAUGGAAAGCGUGAUCAGUUAGGGAGAUUGGCAAUAUUUUGGACAUUUCAGGCCAUUUGGGUGUGGACUGUUAGUUUACCUGUGACCGUCAUUAAUGCAAGCGACAAUCAACCGUCUCUUCAUGCUGGAGACAUUAUUGGUUGGAUUAUGUGGUCCCUUGGAAUUUUAGUUGAGAUUACCGCUGAUCAGCAAAAGUUGAAAUUUAAAAGUUCGCAAGAAAACAGAAGAAAAUGGUGUAGUGUUGGACUUUGGAAGUACUCUCGUCAUCCAAACUACUUCGGCGAGAUCUUUCUCUGGUGGGGAAUAUUUGUGGCUUCGACUCCAGUGCUAGAGGGUGCUAAAUGCGUUACAUAUCACAAUCACGCUCGUGAAGACCGAAGAGGCGAAGACGUGAACUCAUUAUUGUUAUUGUCACACAGGAAUCAGCAGACAAGAAGUUUGGGAAUGUUGCUGCUUACCUCUCAUAUAAAAGAACAACAAGAAAAACAAUUUUCAGCCCACUCGUUCUGCUGCCUCCUGGAGUAUAUGGGAAUCUGCCCCAGUGGUUCAAAACAUCUGUCCUUUUCGAGUUUCCUUUGUACAACAACAAUCUUCCCAAGAAGACCUAAGUUGAUGAGAUAAAGGUUUGUUCAAAUAAAGACCACAUCUAUUCCUUCCCAUACUUGUUCAUUUUCCACUAUCUGCAACUGUUGUCAACCGGGCAUGUUUACAUGGGUUCUACCUUCAACCUAACCAACCUUUUACGAUAUUAAUAUUGAUAUAUUGACCUACUAUAUAUAUAUAUGAAAAAAUUCUAAGGUGUCGAUCAAACUAGUGUCUUUUGAAUAAGGUACAAUCAUGUAUACCAUUUAUGAUUAUAUUGGGUAUGAUUGAAAAUCA